UGCGCGGUGUCCACUGCCGUGCCAGUGGCAACAUUUGCUCUCGAUCUGCCCCAAGCCUGCAACGAUGUAGACGAUUUUCGGAUAUGGACAAAAUAUUCACCAUCAGGUUAAACUGUUGUUUGAGAAUGUGAGAUUUAUCUAAUAACAUGCGUUAGAUGUAGUAAACCAUUGUACAACAUUCAUCCAAUUUUAAAAGGUGAAAGAAUUUAAUAAUCCCUUUAAACCCAGGAAGGUGAAUAAUUGGUACACUGGAUGCUUAAAUGUCCACAGCCACAUACCUCCAAAACGUAGCUCAACCUCAACACAAAACAUUGAAAACAUACAAAUUGAUUGCUCUCACAGAACUCACAUAAUAUGCUCUAGCUUCUGCUUCAAACAGAGUAUGAUAAAAGCUGGGUGUCUCUCUGGCUAUGCAUUUGGUGUCAACUCCUCAUGCUUUCCUCAGCUGCAAACAGGUGCAAUGCCCUUUACUCCCCUUUUUGCAAACUUUACUCACCUGAAAAAAACCAAACUUUGUUUUCAAUGGAAGCAAGCUUCAAAAACAAACGGAUAUUCUCUCGCAGCAGUCCACACCGCUACCUCACCUUCGGAAAUCACCUCUGAAGAGCAAAAUGUGGGAGGUGAUGUGCAGGAUAAUUGUGGGAAUGGUUACAGUGAGGAUGAGAAAGAACUUGACCCAAAAGAGGCUCAAAGGAGAAUGAGAAUUGGUAAAGCCAACAAGGGAAAGAUGCCUUGGAACAAGGGCAGGAAGCAUAGUCCAGAGACACUUGCGCGUAUCAAGGAGAGGACCAAGCAAGCUAUGCAAAACCCCAAGGUGAAAUUGAAGCUUGCACAAGCACAGCAUUUGCGAGCAACAUCAGAAAAUAAGGAGAGGAAAGAAGAAAUACGUGAAAUUCUGAGGACAGCAAGCAAAGCACGUUGGAAGAGAUCAGUGUUGCUGCAAACAUGUAUAAUUGAUUGGAAAGAGAGCAUUGCAGAAUCAGCAAGGAGUGGAGUUGAUGGUGAAGAUGAGUUACAUUGGGAUAGUUAUAAUACUUUGAAAGAAGAUAUACACCAAGAGUGGUUGCAGGCUAUUGCAGCCAACAAGUCCAUUCAAAAGGAGAAUACAGGCAGGAGAGCUGCAAAACCAGCAGAACAACGGCAAAAAAUAGCAGAGUCCAUCAAAGCCAAAUGGGCAGAUCCUGAGUACCGGAAAAAUGUGAUGAUUGGAAGGAAGAAGACAGAAAAGUCAAACCACUUGAUGGUGCCUAAAACACGCGUUGCAAUGGAAGACAAAAAGAGAGAAAAGUGCUCAAGACCAAGAAAACAACUGUUAGACAAAAAUUCUGAUCAUAGAAAACAAAAAAAAGCAAGGUCCAUUCAUAAGAAUAAAUUGCAACCACGAUAUUCAGACCCACAGGCAGAGGCCAAAUUACAGAUGAUAAAGAGAAUUCGAGCGCAACGGGCAGACCUGGAACUGGAUAAAAGAGAAGCUACAGAGCGAGCAAUGUUGCUAAUAUCAGAAGCCUUAAAAGCGGCAAAAGCCUUGGAGUCUGCUGCAACUGUCGAUACUUCAGUGCGAACUUUUCUUUUGGAAAUUCGUGGACUCAUUGAUGAGGCCAUGCAUUCAAUGCAAAUCGCAGAAUCUGGCAGUAGUACCAAUACAUCCAUGAUAGAAAGUGUUUUUAACAGACCAACUUAUAGAGCCACUCAUUUUGUGGACAAAUCUGAGGUAGCUGAUGCUGCAAUAGCUGUUUCUGAUGAUAAUAAUGGAGUGCAUCAAAUAUCUGUGACCAAGAGCAGGCAAGAAUAUGAAAACUCUCUGCUUGCAUACAAGUCAGAAACAUACCUAGGAAGCGAAAUAUCAAGAAGCUUAUACCAUGAUUCUCAUGAAUCCAGCCAUCCCAUUUCAUCCCCUAAAAUUGGCCCAUCAGAAGUUUCUGGGUACAUUAAUUCUUGUAUAGGCUCUGAACUUGAGGGAAGAAGUGACUUAGUUAGUGAAGAAGAUGCUAUGUUUUCUGUAGAAAGAAAUUCUGUUGGGCAAAUCGCUACGUUGAUUGAUAAACAGGACAAUCCUGAUUGAAAAGGUGAUACAGAGACUGCAGAGAACAUCCCAAAGGACAUAAUGUCAUCUAUGCUAUGCAAUAUGCCUGGUAUUGAAUACUCAAUGCAUGAUACUGAUGAGAAAUUUGGAGUAACACCUUUCCAGACAGUAAAAUAUGAGAAGAAAAACUUGUUGCGAGGCAGAUUAAUUGAGGUGGAAGAGGAUUAAAAAUGUGUAACAUACCGUUUGUUCUAUUUUUUGAGAGGACAGAUCCAUUAAUUGUUCCAUUUUCUCUAUUGUUUAGAAUCCUUUAUUUUGGAGAAACUGGUGCACUAUGAAAAGAGUUGCAAGA